UGGUUGCUUAGCUGCAGGAGUGAGGGCUGGACGUGGAAAUGUGGUCACGGGAAUCAAGAAAAACAUGGAUAUCGUGCUGGCAUGCUAACCCAAAUACUGACGCAAACGUAAUUUAAAAUACCAUUUAACCAUUGAUUGUUAUAUCAAGAGGUAACGUUUCUCAAUUCGACGAAAAUCACUAGCUUUGCUCUCUCUCCGUUUUCCUGUGUGAUUCCACCUUGUUCCAGCCAGCUAAGCUGUACAUUAGCUAGCUAAGGUUUGUUCACACUCAUUUUUCCAGGACAUCAUUACCUAGGCCCCAGGUUGCUCCUUUCCUUCCCAUAAUUCUGCCCCAGUGGUCCUUAAUUUCAAUGAGUAGGAGGUCUGUGGAUUCUGGCCCAAGGAAGAAAAGACACCGGCUGGGAUCUAUUCCUUUGUCCUGGGUGAAAGGCAGAACACAGGAUCCGCUUCGGGAAAGUCAUAUUCCUGGUCGUACUGAUGGUUGUAGUUGGAUCUGGGGAUGUGCCAUGGGCUACGACGUUACCCGGUUCCAGGGGGAAGUGGAUGAGGACCUGCUGUGCCCCAUCUGCAGUGGAGUCCUGGAGGAGCCUGUGCAGGCCCCUCACUGCGAGCACGCCUUCUGCAAUGCCUGCAUCACCCAGUGGUUCUCCCAGCAGCAGAUAUGCCCCGUGGACCGCAGCGUGGUGACGCUGGCCCACCUGCGCCCCGUGCCUCGCAUCAUGCGCAACAUGCUGUCCAAGCUGCAGAUCACCUGCGACAACGCUGGCUUCGGUUGCACCGCCGUGCUGCGCCUCGACCAGCUGCAGUCGCACCUCAGGGACUGCCAGCACAACCCCAAGAGGCCCUUCCAGUGCGAGCAGGGCUGCGGACUGGAGAUGCCUAAAGACGAGGUGUCCAGCCACAACUGCAUCAAACACCUGCGCAGCGUGGUGCAGCAACAGCAGGGCAAGGUCACCGACCUGGACAAGACUGCUGCUGAACACAAGCACCAGCUAGCAGAGCAGAAACGGGACAUCCAGCUGUUGAAGGCAUACAUGAGAGCCAUCCGCAGUGCCAACCCCAACCUGCAGAACCUCGAAGAGACUAUUGAGUACAAUGAGAUCCUGGAGUGGGUGAACUCCCUCCAGCCAGCGCGCGUCACCCGCUGGGGCGGCAUGAUCUCGACACCGGACGCUGUCCUCCAGGCGGUCAUCAAGCGCUCACUCAUUGACAGUGGCUGCCCACCUUCCAUCGUCAACGACCUGAUCGAGAACGCCCACGAGAGGAACUGGCCCGCUGGCCUGGCCACGCUGGAGACGCGGCAGAUGAACCGGCGCUACUAUGAGAAUUACGUGGCCAAGCGUAUCCCCGGGAAACAAGCAGUGGUGGUGAUGGCCUGUGAGAACCAGCAUAUGGGUGAGGACAUGAUCCUGGAGCCAGGCCUGGUCAUGAUCUUCGCCCACGGGGUGGAGGAGAUACUAUGACCCGGCUGAGGGUGGUGGAGAGCAGAAGGGAGACUUCUGACUGACCUGAACUGAGUAGAGGAGGGAGCAGGGGAUGCUGUAACACUACGGUUGCAUCCCAAAUGGUACCCUGUUCCUUAUGGACCCUGGUCAAAAGUAGUGCACUAUAAAGGGAAUAGGGUGCCUGUAAGAGGAGGGGAAGAGCCAAUGACAAAGCAGGGAUUAGGGAGAUAUGACACCAUCACCAGUAGACUGGUAUAGGGCAGGAGGUUGGCAACAGGUGGCCCACGAGCCAAAAUUAGCCUUCAAGUGUUUGUUUUUUUGGCCCCCUAAAGCUUUUAGCAAUUUUGGGGGAUUUUAGUUUUUUUGGUCCAAAAAAUACUAAAAUCACCAGGAAUUCAGCUAAAAAUCUGUUGAAUUCCCACUAAUAAAAAAAGAGAGCUGUGAUCGUGUCUCAGUCAGUCGUGGCCAAAAGUUUUGAGAAUGAUACAAAUAUUAAUUUCCACAAAGUUUGCUGCUUCAGUGUCUUUAGAUAUUUUUCUCAGAUGUUACUUUGGAAUACUGAAGUAAAUUUACAAGCAUUUCAUAAGUGUCCAACGCUUUUAUUGACAAUUACAUGAAGUUGAUGCAAAGAGUCAAUAUUUGCAGUGUUGACCCUUCUUUUUCAAGACCUCUGCAAACCACCCUGGCAUGCUGUCAAUUAACUUCUGGGCCACUGAUGACAGCCCAUUCUUGCAUAAUCAAUGCUCUCUGUAUCUAUUUCCAUGGCACUCUCUCUCCUCCCUGGGCUGAGAAAUGUGGAUUAUUUCCUGUUCAGGAGAAGGCAUGCAUGCUUGGAUUGGUUAAGUGAAUCCUAUUGGAUGUGCUCUGCUGUAUGUGAGCCCCGGUAUGCACAUAGAUGCGGGGGGGGGUGCUGAACGUAAAUGCAGUGUGUUUUAUCACAUUUUGGGGGGGAAGGACCAAUUGACAUUUUCCAUCAUUACAGUAUCACAUUUAAUAUGGUUUCACCUUCCCCUUUGUCGACAACAGACCUUGUUCAUCCUCGCGAUGCGGAGCUAAUCAGGAAUGCCCUUGUUCAUCCUCGGGAUGCAGAGCUAAUCAGGAAUGUCAAUUCUGGUAGGAGUAGUAGAUGGACAGUGAAGACGUGGAACUUUCUUUUGGUUUGAGUUUCACACAUUGUGUUUUUUGUGAUGUUAUUGUUGUAUAUGAUUUGUCUGAGUUAGUCCUGUGUUUGAACUGUUUUUCUUAUGAUAUUUAUGUAGUUGGUUUGAAGUGGGUCCAAUUUGUAUGAAAAUAAAGACUCAGAGGCUACCGAAGCAUUUAUGUACAAAAUAACAUCAACCAAAAGUCUGUUCUGUUUUAUUUUAUUAUUUAGGUUUGGUUUAUUUUAAUCGUUGUCAAAUAGCAUGUCACUAACACAUCACUGUAUAUCAUGUAGCUUAUCCUAAUAUUGGAAGGGACGAACCUGAACUUAUCCAGUAAGAAAUGCUAGUUUUCGUUGCAAAAUGUUUUGCUACAGUUUGAUGGUGUGGACUAAUACACCCCUGUAGUCAGGAACUGGGCUGCAUUCAGUACAGGGGGAAAUGGUGUGUAACAUUCAAUUAAAUGGAAACGGUGCUGUUUUUUUUCAACGACCAGUUGAAUAAACGGGGAGCGAUUGGGUUGGGGAACUCAGUCAGCAUGGCCUCUGCCCUUUUAAAUACGUCACUCAUUGCUUCAUAUGGUGGCAGGGUAGCCUAGUGGUUAGAGCGUUGGACUAGUAACCGAAAGGUUGCAAGAUCGAAUCCCCGAGCUGACAAGGUAAAGAUCUGUCAUUCUGCCCCUAAACAAGGCAGUUAAACCACUAGGCCGUCAUUGAAAAUAAGAAUUUGUUCUUAACUGACUUGCCUAGUUAAAUAAAAUAAAAGUCACACCCUACCAAUCAGAGCAAACGUACAUCAAAGUUGGUUCAAGAAAGUAGAAGGUUUUUGGAUACAAACCGUCACACACCGUAGCAAACGUUUAAUCGAACUGAAAGUACCCCUGAUAUUUGAAAUUGGUUUUGGGCUGCACCUGUCUACCUUUUUUGCUUAUUCAUGUGAACUAGUGUGUUACUGUGAUGAUGCCAUACUGACUUGAUGAUAAUAAUACCACACAACUGGGUUAGAAUUACACAUUUAUUGUAAAUGUCCAUCAUAUAUCAAUAUUCACAUACUGAUGCACUUCCAUUUCAGUAUCUAUCCAUAGUUUUAUUUUGCGAGAUAUGUUUUCAUUAAAACAGAUAAGAAUUCCUGGUGGUUUGGAUUGUUGUAUCGUGUUAAUUUGUUUUAUAACAAAAACACACUUUAUUUCCAAAUACAAGGGGAAAUCUUCCCCAAUGAAAAA